AUGGCCGACUCUAUCCAGUCGCUCGUCGAGGGCAUCCUGAGCAACCUUCCCGAGGGCGCCAACCCGUGGUCAAUCUUGCGCGCGACCCUCACCGCCCAAGUUCGACCCGACCUCGGCCGCGCCUUUCGCACGCAGCUCUACGUCUGCAGCGCGCUCGUUGCAGCGAUCACUCUCGUCCUCAUCGCGUGCAUGGUCGCCAAGUGGAGACAAGGGACCUACUGGCUCUUCCGCAUCCACCGAGCGACGGGCGGCCGCUUCCUCGUCGUUCACUACGCGAGCUCCUGGACAACGGUGAUCAUUCUUUUCUUUGGCCUCCUCCAAGGUUACAUCUGGCAGACGGUCAAAUACACGUCGGGCGACCCAGUCCUGAACUCGGACCUCUGGCGCAUGUGCGUGUGGUGGCCCGGCUGGCUCGCCUUUUGGCUCGCCGCAUGGUCCCUGCGUGUCUCUCACGUCCUUCACCUCGACUCGUCGGGCCGUCCCUCGCGCGCCAUGUACUCGCAGGCCUGGUUCAUCAACAGCGGCGGCGUCCUCGUUCCCGCGCUGUCGGCAACGACCAUCGCCAUCUUGUCGUGGCAGGCCCACGAGCGCUACGUCGAGGCCAUGAAGCGCUUCUCGCUCAUCGACUCGACGCUCGCCGCCGCCGAGAUGGACUACUCUCGCCAGAUCGACACGUCCGACGUCAUGAGCAGCGGUGCCCUGCAGCUUGCGGCCGACUUUGCGUCCUCGUUGUCGUCCUUUGGCGACUUCUUCCGUGGCGUCUUCUGGGCGUAUUUUGGCUUCACCGUCCUCCUCGAGGGCAUCCUCAUCCUCACGACCAUCUUCCACCUGCGCGAGCUGCGCCGCACCAUGGGCGACCUCCGUGGAAGGGCCCAGCAGUCGGUCGAGGCUCGUGCGCAAGGCGACAUGAUCGAGCAAGGGUACCGCAGCUUGCGCAACAUUACCGCCGCUGUCGUCGCGUGCUGCACCGCCGUCAACAUCCUCUUUGCGUACGUCGCCAUCGCGGGCCGCAAGGUCAUCAACGACAAGAAGUACUCGGAGGUGGCGUCGCUCCUGCCGUUGUGGCUCUUUUCCCUCCUCGGCCUCCCGCUGUCCCUCCUCUUCCUGCGCCGCAUCCUCUCGAGCGCCCCCGCCCGGGCCUCUCGCGAGCCCUCGCCCUCGACGCAAGAGCAGGGCUCGGCGCACGCCGUCCACACCGGCGCCCACUCGACGCCGUCGACGGCUGCGGGCGACCACAAGGCGUCGACGCCGGUCGAGGAGUACGCCAUGGCGUCGCUCGGCUCGCUCUCGCCGCAGCACGCGGUCGCCAAGACGGACGAGUACGCGUCGCUCCGGCAGGCGAGCCCGUCGCUGAGCGCCGGGAGCGACGCCCAGCUCGUGUCGACGGCCGGCGAGCUGCCGUUCUUCGCGAGCUACGAGACGAGGGCGCCGCCGGCCCAGGACGUCGAGGAGGUGCACCCGGCUGAGAAGGGCAGCGGCAGGUGGGGCUCUCGCAAGGCGGCGGCAGGGCGCAAGUAGACAGAGGGUCCGUGCGGCGUCUCUCGUAGCCUCCCUUUCC